UACAUCACAGAGGGAGGGACUGCAGAGGUCAAUGAUGAACAUGAGGUCAGACAGAUUGAAACAGCAUUCAGGAAACCAGACAGACCAGAAACAAUAAUCAGACAAGAAGACAUCUUUAAAGCCUCACCUGGAAGAGAAGAACCAAUCCGAACAGUGAUGACAAAGGGAGUGGCUGGCAUUGGGAAAACAGUCUUAACGCAGAAGUUCACUCUGGACUGGGCUGAAGACAAAGCCAACCAGGACAUACAGUUCACAUUUCCAUUCACUUUCAGAGAGCUGAAUGUGCUGAAAGAGAAAAAGUACAGCUUGGUGGAACUUGUUCAUCACUUCUUUCCUGAAACCAAAGAAGCAGGAAUCUGCAGCUUUGAAGAGUUCCAGGUUGUCUUCAUCUUUGACGGUCUGGAUGAGUGUCGACUUCCUCUGGACUUCCACAACAAUGAGGUCCUGACUGAUGUUACAGAGUCCACCUCAGUGGAUGUGCUGCUGACAAACCUCAUCAGGGGGAACCUGCUUCCAUCUGCUCGCCUCUGGAUAACCACACGGCCUGCAGCAGCCAAUCAGAUCCCUCCUGAGUGUGUUGACAUGGUGACAGAGGUCAGAGGGUUCACUGACCCACAGAAGGAG